ACCGAUUUAAACCUAACAAUAAUCCACAGCUAUGCUCUCUCUUUCUUCCCUCAUCUUUGCGAAUGGCCUAACAGUGACAAAAUUAAUUGUCCUUAUUUCUAAAUCUCCCUUUUUCUUCCCAUUCACAUAUUUAGCUUCCAACAGCUACCGUAUAUUUAUGUGGGUUAUCUGUUAAAUGCAUACGAGAGCGACAUAUUUGAUUCUCCUUCUCACAUAUACUUGAGUUCUUUGCUUCAUACUAAAGGAAGGUUUUUUUUUUUUUAAAAAAAAGAGAGGAAACAGAUAAAGAGAAGACAGGGAUCAUGGGAAGAGUAAAGCUUCAGAUCAAGAGAAUUGAGAAUACAACAAACAGGCAAGUCACCUUCUCUAAAAGGAGAAAUGGGCUUAUCAAGAAAGCUUAUGAACUUUCUGUUCUCUGUGAUGUUGAUGUAGCUCUCAUCAUGUUUUCUCCAUCCGGCAGACUUAGUCUUUUCUCUGGAAUCAAAAGCAUUGAGGAAAUUCUGAUGCGAUAUGUAAAUCUUCCCGAGCAUGAACGAGGACGGCUGCAUAAUCAAGAAUUCUUACAAAGGGCUCUCGGUAAGUUAAAAGCUGAAGGCGACCAAAGUCAUCGAGCAACCAGCCCUCCGAUCGCCGAUGGUCAACUCGAGGAGCUACAGCAAGAAAUUACUAGAUUUAAAUCCCAGGUAGAGGAAAUGGAGAAACAACUAAGGAUAUUGGAGGGAAAUCUUUCCCAUAUUACAACAUUAUGUGAAGCUGAAUACCAGGAGCAGAUCCUUGAAGAGGCACUGAAACGUGUGCAAGUACGCAAGCAAGUUUUGGAGGACAGCUGCAAUAAUACUUCCGGUCGUCCACCAGCAGCUAAUUCACAGUGUGAUGAGGCACAUAUUCCCAUAAAGAAUGCAGAUGUAAAUGGUUUUGACACUGAAAGUCCAAACAAUGUCUUGGAUUGGAUUCGUCAAAGAGACCCGCAAGUUGAGAUCUUGAAUUUCUUGGGUUCCAAUGGCCUUCUUCGUCUGAGAAAUCAGGUGCAGAGUGCAGUUGAAAUCUUACCGUCAACUUCAAAUCUUGUUCAUGGACAAAACAUGAAUCUUGAUGAUCAUCACAUAAGCCCAAGAAAUGGUUUGGAGGACAACAAUAAUGUGCAGCGUCCUGAGUUUGGACAAGUUAUUGAUGUGAACUUGUCUCCUUGGACUGAAUUUUACCCUACAGGUAACAGCUCCAUUUCUUCUUCGCAGCCCAGAGAACGAGCUCUUCUUGAACUGUAUUUGUCUCAAAUUACACCUUCAUCAACCAUUUAAUAUGAUACCCAUUAAUCAAUGCUCCUUAUAUAGCUACCCAGUUGAUGCUUUAGUUUUCAAUUUACCUUUUUUUUUUUUUUUUACAAUCCCUGGCAAAUUUUGGAAAGCUCCGAUGCAUAUAAAUUGUUUUGGUUCAAUUAUCUUUCUAGUUGAUUAUUGUGAAAUAACCUAUUUUUAUUAAGCGAGCACUUAUGAAUUCAUCUUUUAUUUUAA